AUGUUUGCGUCCUGCUGUAACUGGAUCUGUAUGGACACGACUGACGUCGAUCAGUACCGGAGCGACAGACGCCAUCGGUCCUACACAAACUCGGCCUACCAGCCGUCUCCUACUCCACCUGAACACACCUGCAAGGCCUGCGGGGGGCCCUUUGACACACCUGCCAAGAAGCAUGUGUGCGUCGACUGUAAGAAGAACUACUGCGGCCGAUGCUCCGCGCAGCGGGAGCCUCGGCCCCGCCUCUGUCACACCUGCCAGCGUUUCUACGGCAACCUGCUGGAGCGGGCGGAGCUCAUGAAGCUGAAAGUGAAGGAGCUCCGGGACUACCUGCACCUACACGAGGUUUCCACCCACAUGUGCAGGGAAAAGGAGGAGCUGGUGGAGCUUGUUCUGGGCCAGCAGUCCUCACCAUCGAGCAGCUCUGCCCCUGAGACCCCGAGCACUGACCCACCCUCUGUGACCUCUCACUCACCUAACUUAGCCCCUCGCAUCCCCACCUCGACUCCCGAGUCCCUCACGCCUAUGCCAACCCCAACUCCUGACCCCCCCACUGCACAGCCUGAGGCCCCAACCCCACCCACAGAAACACCCCCUGAGCCCGACAUUCAGGAUGAAGAUCAGACCUGGGACCCCGAAGAGGCCCCGGUUCCUGGUCGAAGGGCGUCUCUGGCCGACCUGACCUGUUUGGACGACAUUGAGGCGCUCAGCGUCCGGCAGCUGAAGGAAAUCCUCGCCAGGAACUUCGUCAACUACAAAGGCUGCUGUGAGAAGUGGGAACUGAUGGAGAGAGUGAGGCGUCUGUACCAGGACCAGCAGAACCUGCUGGCAGCCAACGCUGUGAACGCUUCAGAGUCGGGCGGUGUCGGUGCUGCAGGUCUGGAGGAGAACCUCUGUAAGAUCUGUAUGGACUCUCCCAUCGACUGCGUGCUGCUGGAGUGCGGUCACAUGGUCACCUGCACCAAGUGUGGAAAGAGGAUGAGCGAGUGCCCCAUGUGCCGCCAGUAUGUCAUCCGAGCCGUCCACGUCUUCCGGUCCUGAUCUCACCAGCCUGAAGCCUGAAGCCAGGACCGACUGCCUCCAAAGCAAUAAAAACUGUAACCAGAUCUUUCUGAAGGGAACUGACAGAAUGGGGUUUUAUUUUGUUAACUCUAUUUUUCUAGUGGAAAUAAAACAUGCAGUUUAACUGUCUGAAGAACAUGAAGUGCCCUUACUCGCCCUUCAGGCCACAGAGCUGCUGUUUAGAUGCACAGGCUGAAUGUACAAACUCAGAAAUCGUUCAGUGGAACGAUGCGGGCCACAUCGCACGUUUGUGAACCAAUUGACCAAGAAUCCACUGUGCCUUCAACAACUCCUCACCUCCUCUGUCUGACCUGCAAACUAUCAGCAAAGUGCAGUCCAAUCGGGACUUCUGAGAAGUUUGGGGCAGAGAUCUACCAAAGCAAAUCGUGGCUUUAACUCCACCAGUGAUGAGGGUCAGGAGCUCAUCACGCUGCCUUUAAACCCACUCUAGGACUGCGUUCUUAUUGCAAUAUUUGUUUACAGUCUGCAGAGUGUUUCCACUGCAGUAAGGAAGUGAAGCGAAACACACCUGGGCCUGUGUGCUUAAAGACUUUGGUCCCACAGUGUGACACUCAGAUAUGAGUCAGCAGCAGUCUGUAGUUCCAGCUUCCCUGAGAUGGUCCACGCCUUUAAACCCAACCCCAAAGUUUCUGUCUCCAGAGGUCGGCUUUAACUCGUCAGCACUGGUGGAAUAAAAUCUGAUAAAGCUGCUUCAGACCAGCACGUGUGGGUCAGCUGAACAUGUGGCAUGAAAAAUGAAUGCAAAGCAAAUUAAAGGUAGUCUAGCAUACAGUUAAUGGUGUAUAAUUAACAUAAAACUGACUAUUCAAGGAAAUUCCUAAUUUCCUAUUUAAUGUAGUUUUUCUAUAAGAAAUACUCAGGGAAAUACAUUUUAAAUGUCUAACCCAAACAGAUGUUUGUAAUAGGAACAUCUGCAUUUACAUUUAGAACCAAACUGGAGUUCACAGGUCACAGAUUUUACUGCUAAAUGUCUGUAACUGGUAACAAAGUACAAAUUUGUCCAUCACUGUGACAUUAACAGGAAAUCACAGGCACCCCCCCAAUACACACACCACACACACACAUUCAAAAAAGUGCAAUCAUUCACAUGUAUAAUGUCAUGCAGGAACCAGCAGGGGGCAGCACAGACAGCACUGGAACCAAAGCUGCUGUAGAGACCAGGAGAUGAGACCAAAUACAAAGUCCUGCAUUUGGGCAGCUUGUGUGCUGGCUAAGCUAACGUGAACCUGGAGCUUCCCCUGAGGUCCACGUACAUGCUCACAGUUCUUGCAGUUAGUGCUGAUCAGAAAGAACAAAGCCCAGAAACCAUUAAUCACAACGUGUUUGUCAGUGUUUUUUUGCAGACUCGUAAUAGCACAGAUUUAUUUCUGAAACAUAAUUCCUGGCCUGCACCCCAAGCUCUUCAUCCUCUGUGCCUGGAAACACAAACUGGAGGUUUGGGUGAAAGUUGGACUGUAUCUUUAAAUGUAGUUGCAGGUUUAUUAGAAGCAGCAGAGGUCCUACAAUGGUUCCCUGAGGGACGUCUGAUUAAAGACAGAGGAAGAGGAGGGUUUAGAUAUCCUCACCAGCAGACUGUCUGUGUGUUAUUGAGCAUUUAAGUUGUUUUGUUGAAAUUGUUUGCACUAAACUGUUCAUUUUAAAAAGUUUUGAACUUCUUGUGGAGUGAGGUGAUGAUGCAGGAGAGGGGGGGGGGUUGGUCCUUUUCUUGAAAUUUUUAAUUCUUGUGAAAACGUGUUUUGAGUUUUGUUGUGAACACUUUGGACUAUGUUGUGAAACAAUGGUGUGUUACUUUCUUUAACCUGUUUUCCUUUUUGUCAUCCAGCGUGAGCGUGUUGGCUCAGCUGUGGAACAUUAACUUACACUGCACUUUGAUUUCUCUGCUACAUUAGAAAGGAGUAAUCACUCCUCAUCACUGCUCUGAGCUUUUGCAUUUAAAUGUGGGUUACACGGGACCUUCUGUCUGUUAGCACUGUGAGGUGGGGCCAGUGAAACCAACACAGCUGCAGUGGAACCUGCAGUCCAGCUGUUUCCUCAUUAGUCCAGUGGUUUCAAGCUUUUGAAAAUGACACGUUUUAUCUCCAGACGUCUUUCAGUGUGACGCUGAGAUAAAUGAACAUAACGGGGUUAAUUUAAGUUGUUUUGUAACAUGGUUGCAGUUUUUACUUUCGCUGCCUCACAUGACCUUUUUUUUGACCUCCACGUUGGGAACCUUUAUUUAGACUCAGAGUAUUUCUGUAGCUACCAAUAACAAAUAUUUUUACAAGAUGAGAAGCUUUAGUUUUCUGAGUGAACUUUGCAUUGUAUUUUAAUAAAACCUGAUUUUUGUUGA